AUGUGGGUGUGGCUGUAUUCGAAACAUAUAUCAGCAUCCACAACCACACCCGAACAUCUUGGAGUUACUCAUUCAUAUUCAACAGUAUAUCAUCCACAAACAAAUGAACAAAUUGAACGAUUUAACGCUACGAUAGAUGAAAAAAUUGCAGCUUUACGCAAUGGACGACGUACAAAUUGGGCCGAAAUAUUACAAUUUUUUAUAUUUGAUUAUAAUACAUCAGUACACGCAACCACAAAACAAACACCAUUUGAAAUAAUGCAUGGACGACAAGCUACUUGUCUAUUUGAUUAA